AUGGGUCUCGGUAAUCGUGGUGGUCGUGGCGGACGUGGCAGUGGCCGCGGUGGAUUCGGUGGUGACCGUGGUGGACGUGGUGGUGUUGCCAAGCGCGGUGGUCCCGGUGGACGUGGUGCCCGCGGUGGUGCCAAGGUCACUGUUGAGCCUCACAGACACGAGGGUAUUUUUGUUGCUCAUGGAAAGGAGGACUUACCUCUUGACCAGGAACUUGGUUCCUGGCGAGUUGCUGCCGGUGUUCUCGGAGGUGUCGACAACAUCCACAUUGCCCCCCCCACCCCGGCAAGAAGGUCCUCUACCUUGGAGCUGCCUCUGGAACCACCGUCUCCCACGUUGCUGAUAUUGUCGGACCCGAUGGUCUCGUCUACACUGUCGAGUUCUCUCAUCGCUCUGGACGCGACCUCAUCAACAUGGCCAAGAAGCGCACCAAUGUCAUCCCCCAUCAUCGAGGAUGCUCGUCACCCCCACAAGUACCGCAUGUUGGUCGGUAUGGUCGAUGUCAUCUUUGCCGAUGUUGCCCAGCCCGAUCAGUCCCGUAUCAUUAGAAUCAGCGCUCACCACUUCUUGAAGAACAACGGACACACUGUCAUCUCCACAAGGGCAAACUGUAUCGACUCGACCGUCGAUGCCGCCACGGUCUUUGCCGGAGAAAUCCCCAAACUUCAGGAGCAGCGCAUUAACCCCCAGGAGCAGUUGACCCUUGAGCCCUUCGAGAGAGACCGCGCCCUGGUUGUUGGAAAGUACGUCCGCAAGUAA